AAAAAGUUAAAGAUUUGACUAAGCUACAUGAAGCCAAAGUCCUCAUGUAUAAACUACUAAUUACAAGUAUUCCAAAAUGUCUCGUUAAUGAAAUACAAGAUAUGCCUUUGCUUGGAGUCCAAUUCAUAGGUGCUACAGCAGAAAUUUAUUUAGCAAAUUGGCAACUAAAUAUGCGACCAGUAAUUUUUUCAGUUAUGAAAUUUGACUUUCCUGAGCAAAUAACUUCUCUACCCACGUUAACCAAGGCAGUUGCAAAACUUUUAUCAUUGAAACCUUAUAUCAUUGAACAAAAAAGAAUUACGGGAACUUUUGAUUAA